UUCAGUUCUUGGUGAAAAAGCGAUGAAGAUCCUGUACUUGUUGACGUUCAUGAUCACGCUGUCUGGUGUUCUCACUCAGGACAGUGGAUGGCGUGUGAAUUAUCCUGAUAAUCUGAUCUGUGCUGUGAGAGGAUUCAGUGUCUCCAUUCCCUGUAGUUAUUAUUAUCCAACAUCAAAUCCCAACAUUCAGGUGACACAAAGGCUUUGGUGCUCAAUGAACUCAAACACGGGAAAGUGUACAGCCCCUCCGUAUGUUUAUAACAGCUCAUCAAACACCAAGUCAGACUUUGAGUACGUUGGAGACGACAAAUCAAACUGCACUUUGUUAAUCCACAAUGUACAGUUUAAUUAUUCUGGAGAGUACAGAUUCAGAUUUAUAACUGAUGCGACCAAUGGCAGAUGGACAGGUGAACCUGGAGUGACUCUACAAACUGCAGAUUUAAAGGUGUCACUAAUCAGGCUCAGUGGAAAUGGAACCCUUAAACAAGGAGACUCGUUAAAUCUGACGUGUGAUGUGAACUGCACACACAGUUCCUCACAGUUUGUGUGGUCUAAGAACAACGAGCAGUUAAACACAUCAGGACCCGUUCUUCACUUUCCUGCUCUAACCGUGAGGGAUUCUGGGAAUUACACCUGCACUUGGAAAACCAAGGAGACGUCAGGAUCUAAAACCAUCAUCCUUCAGGUCGAGGAUUUAACAGGAGAUUUUGCCCAGUGGAAAAUCUGGAUCAUUGUUUUGGUGAUUGUUGUUGUGAUAGCGAUCGUAGCAGCUGUCGUUUUCUACUGGAGGGAAAGAGGAAAAGCUCAGGAUCAAAACUAUGGGAAAACUACAGAGAAAGCUUGGGUUGAAGAAAACACACAUUAUAUACAAAUAAAACCAGAGCUAAACUACUCUCCUCGGCUGGGUGAGGAAACAUUGCACAAAGAGGAAGUGACUUAUGCGUCUGUGCGUAUUAAAGCCAAAGAACAAAAGCAAGGGUGUGUCCACACUGAACAACAGAAAGAGGACGACAGUGUUAUCUACAGCAGUGUCAUAAAAUCUGAUCACAAUCUAAAAAAACUGUUAUCCUGAAUUCUGUAAAUCGCACAUACAUGUUGGUAGAGUAACACGUUCUUAACAUAAAGAUGCUGCUCAACAUCGUCUCCAUCACGAUCCAUCUCCAUCUUAAGUUAAGUUAGGUUAAGCCUUUAGUGAAAUUCUUUCUUCGCAUAUCCCUGCGUAACUGGGGUUAGCCAUGAUUCAGCGUCCCUGGAGCAGAUAGUGUUAAGGGCCUUGCUCAAGGGCCCAAUAAUGGCAACUUUUAUAUAUAUAUAUAUUUUUUUUAAUGAAUUGUAGAAUUAUUUAUGAAAACCUUAAACAUUUGUUCACUAUAGUAUGGUUAUAAGAAACAUAGCUUUUUGACGAGUAAACCAAAAGAAGCUAAUCUGUAUCUUAGAAAUCCGCGAUCUUUCAGUAGAUAUUAUUCGUUUAAGUAUGUAAAGCUGACAAAUCUUUAGUAAAACACAUUUGUAACCCUAACUAAUGAUAAAUCAUUGAGUCACUGCUUGAAACCUCAGGAAGAGGUCAGAAAAGAUCUGAAGUUUGUUGAGAAACAGAAACUUUUAGAAAGUCUUUUAAAUAGCUAAGAACAGUUUUUUCUUCCUAGAAAUUACAUUGUUUUUUAAAUAAGAGUUAUGUAAAUUUCCUAUGUGUUUAAAUGCAACAUUAAUGUAGUUCUUGGAUUUCAGACAUUAGUGUGUAGAAAUGCUUUACAGCAGAUUUCUCCAUGUACAGGAUUUACACAGCAGCGGCUAGCAUUAGCAUUAGUAACUAAACUGAUUCAGUCUAUUGACUUGUUGACUUUCAUGUUAAUAAAGUAAUUUCUUAGAAAUGUUGGGUUACUGCUGUACAAUAAUUAAAUGCCAUUUUAUCAUCAUUAGCCUUUUUUUCCGUUCCGUCUGAUCUAUUUUAACUUUUAAAAAGUUAUGAAUGUGAC